GGCCCACAGAUUGAUGGUUCUACUCAGAUGAGCUGAACUCAUCUUCUCUCUUCCUGGCAUUUUGGACUUUCUUAAGAAGGAAACUUUAUUCUUCCUGGCAUUUUGGACUUUCUUAAGAAGGAAACUUCCCUCGAGUGCUCUUCAGAAUCUCAGCAGGUACUGGUUUCCUGACUGUUCUUCACUUUCUGAGCCUCAGAGCAGGUGGAAUCCAGACUGUAGAUUUCUAGACUGCAAGGAAAUUGGAAAACGCAGAUUCUUGAGACAAUUGGAACUGGAUAUAAGUGUCUACAAUGGAUUUCUUAUUAAACCCUGAGACUCUCCACAAGUCUGCUCAAGUGUGUACGCUGCUGAGGCUUCUCUGAACUGCCUGGGUUUGUGUGUGUGCAUUUGAGUGUCUGGGGGCAGUCCACUGACUCGCACCAGCUGUUGAGCCAACAAGCGUGAUUGCUCCAAGUACCGCUCCCACUCAAGUCAAGCAGGAGUGUAUGUGUGUGUGGUGUAUAAGUGUGUGUGCCACUGCCAGCCUCUGGAAGAACGCCACAGCUUUGCGACUCUGCUUGGACAGCAGAAGAGAGGAAAAUGCCGGCCAUUUUGGUCACCUCCACCAUGAAGUCUGGAUUGCCCAAGCCUGUCCACAGCGCAUUGCCCAUUCCCCAGUCUCCCAGCCACAGAAGAACCGGACACAACGGCAGCCCCAAGCUCAGCCAUCCCAGCCUCAUCCCACUGAGGAGCACCCUCUCCAGGAGACACAGUCAGACUGCAGGAGCGACGCUGAAGAAGAGUCAGACAGUCAAGGAGAAGAUCGCCGACCCCCAGAUUUACACAGACUGGGCAAACCACUAUCUGGCCAAGUCAGGUCACAAGCGCAUGAUCAGGGACCUCCAGCAGGAUGUAGCAGACGGGGUUCUACUGGCCGAGAUCAUCCAGGUCGUAGCUAAUGAGAAGAUUGCAGACAUCAACGGUUACCCUGAAAGUCGCUCUCAAAUGAUUGGAAACAUAGAUGCCUGUCUUGCCUUUCUGGCAGCUAAAGGAGUAAAUAUAAAGGGAUUUUGUGCUGAAGAGAUCAGGAGUGGCAACCUGAAGGCUAUUCUGGGCCUGUUCUUCAGCCUGUCACGCUUCAAACAGCAGCAGCAGCAGCAGCAGAAACAUCAGCAGCAGCAGCAGGAGGCACUGAAGCAGACCAACCACGACACCCAGAGUGUUCAGCAGACCCAGACCCAGCCUCAUCGGAGCGCCAGCCCUGCCCAGCACUGCCCAAUCCACAGCCAACCCCAGCAAACUCCCAGCACUCUGCUGCCCAGCACCCAGGGAGACAUGCAGUCCAGCCAUCCUUCCAGACGCUCGUCUCAGAGCAAAUCUCUCAGGCUGUCUGUUGCUCAGAAAAAGUCGUCUAGGCUGCCAGGUCCGUCAGUCCGUGCGGGAGGAUCAGGGUCUGAGGCCAAACUGAGGAAGUCCAGCAGCAGCAGCAGCAGCAGCAGCCGACGCAGCCAAAGCUUUAACCACUGCGACAAAACCAAAACAGCAGCACCAGCCUUCUCUCUGCAUACAGAUAAAUCACCCAGUCCAUCUCCCAUCAUGGUUGAUGAAGGGCCUCCCAAUUCUCAAGUUCCUCCUCCAACCAGCAUCAGUGGAUCCACCAGCACCAGCACCAAAGGAUGGAGGAGCAAAUCCCUCAACGCCAAGCACAGCGCCACCUCCUCCAUGCUGUCCGUCAAACAGCCGUCCUCAGUGGCCCUGGAGGCUCCUCCCAAAGUCAUCGCCCAGAAAUCCAUGCUGGACAAGCUGAAGCUCUUUAACUCCAGGCCCAGUUCUCGCGCAUCCAGCGUCGCUUCUUUAGGAGACCCAGACACUGUUCCUGAAGAGCCUGAUGGAGGAAGUGUUUGUUCCAUCCAUCCUGAAGCCCAGUUGGGUAACCAAAGGCCCAACAGCACCAGCCCCAAACUGGCUCUGAAGGGCAUUGCCCAGAGGACGCUGAGCAGAGCUUUGGCGCCCAAGAUCAGCUCGGCAAAAGCUGCUGAGAAGGACAAAGACAAAGGGAAGCAGAAGGGAAAAGAAAAAUCUGCCAAACGAUCUUCUGGUGUGGAACAAGACCAGGUUAGAGAAGAAACCAGAACUGUAACUCAGGGCUUGGUCGAGGUUAAGAAGUCCAGUUCUAUCCCCAAAGGAACCAAAGGCAGUAGCAGUGCUAAGAAAGAUGCUUCUUCUUCUUUUUCAUCAUCACAGAGUGGUAUUCCUAAACCAGGGCAUGCUGGGAAAACUCCAGGGUUAGUAAAGGCCUCAGUGGCGCCACCUUGUGGUGGAGAGCGCAGAGACGGAGAGCGCACUCGUAAUUUAAGGACCGGAGGAACAGUGUUGUCACACAAGUGUUCUAUGGAGAGCAAGAACUCUGGCUCUACCUCAAGUUUAGCAUCAUCAGACGGGAGAUGCAGUCAGAACAGCAACUCCAGCAUCAUUCAGUCCACAACCAGCGUUCAGCUUCCUCAGCCUCAACCACAGUACAGCCAUCCCAACACUGCUACAGUCGCACCGUUCAUGUACAGGUCUCAGACAGACAUGGAUAAGACUGGACUGGUGGAGGGAGGAGAGGUGAAGAAAGAGAAGUCUGUCCUUCACAGCAAAUCCAUCCACACAUCUCUGGAAAGUCUGACAGGUGAAGAUCCAGAGAGCAGGAGACUGAGGACGGUGAAGAACAUCGCUGAUCUGAGACAGAACCUGGAGGAGACCAUGUCCAGCCUGAGACACAUGGCGCAUAUCAGCCAUAGCACCCUGGAAACCACCUUUGAUGCCUGUGUUACCACUGAGAUCAACACGAGGGGCCUGCUGGCUCUUAGCCCCCGACCUGCUUCAGCUCUACCAUGGAGAUUGGGCUCAUCCAGCCCUCGUCUCCAGGCGGGCGACGCCCCCUCGUUAGGGAGUGGCUAUGGACAGCACAGCAGCCGCUGCAGACAGACAAACUCAACCCGCACUGUGAACAUCUCUGAACUGGACGUAUCUGACAAGGUGGAAGAGCUGGAGGGCAUGGGGAUGGAUACAACAGGGUACAUGAGUGAUGGAGAUGUUCUGGGCAAGAGUGUGAGGACAGACAGCGCCACCAGUGGUUAUAUGACAGAUGGAGGGCUGAGUUUGUACACACGGCGGCUGAACCGUGUGCCGGACAGCACGAGCGUGGACAGAGACACACCUUUCCGCUCCAAGAGCCAAGCUGAUACUGACAGCUGGGACGAUAGCAGUUCAGUCAGCAGUGGGGUCAGCGACGCUCUGGACACAGAUGAGCUCAACACCAGCUCAUCUCUCAGCUCUUACAUCAACACUCCCUCUGCUCCACGCAGGGACUUAGAGGAGCAGGUCCAGACGGACGCAGAGAAGCGGUCAAUCGUGGAACGAAGCACUGUCUGGAGCACCGAAGAUCUCAGGCGACCAGACGGCUGCUCGGAGCCUGGCAUGAAAAUGGACACCAAGUGGUGCAGUCCUACUAAUUUCAGUGAGCAAGCAGAGUGUGCCAUGACUGGCCACAAAAGCUCAUCCAUAUCUCACACGGGCUCCUGGAGGCGGGGCAUGAGUGCUCAGGUGGGCGUCACUUGUCCGCGGACGAAGGCUCCAACGCCUACGAACUGCAGCUCAUUGAAGACUCACGGCAACGGCAAAACAGACGACGCCAAAGUGUCGGAGAGAGGGAGCUUCUCACCGAGACCCAAUGGCCUCCCGCGAUCCCCCUCUGAACGACAGAUACCUACUGAUGAAGGCAGGAAGCUGCCCUCCAGCUCCGGCUCCAGUGCCCGUGCUCCCACUAAUACUUUUGGUUUUAAGAAAACCUCCAGUGGUACUGCCACAAUAACUGCCAGUGGUGCUGUGAUCACUUCUGGCUCUGCUACUUUGGGAAAACUUCCCAAGUCCUCUGGCUUCACUGGAAUUCGUUUAAUGGGACGUCAGAACAGCGUGGACGACGGAUACCUUCCUCCCAGUGCUCGGACCACCCUCCAGUACAGGAGUCUCCCCAGGCCUAGCCGGACCAACAGCAGUUUGGGCACUGCCCGCCAUACCAGUAGCAGACCAGCAGCAGCUGGAAUGGACGCCAGUCUUAUCAGUAAAGGUACCUCCACCCUGCCCAACCCAAAGAGCCGCGGCUCGGUUCGGUCCCCAUCGGGCAUCUCCAACCAGACAGAUCGGGAGAAGGGGGUGCUCUCAGAUGCGGAGAGUCUGGCAUCAGGGCUGGGACAUAAUAAAGCCAGUGGCAGCAGUCAGUUGGGUGUGCCUGGACAGGGCCAGUCUGGUAGACAGACAGGAGGGAAGUACCCGGAUAUGUCUUCACCCACCUUGCGCAGAAUAUUUGGGGGUAAACCCGGCACCAAGCAGGCUCCUGUGACCACGUCUGAGAACAUGAAGAAUUCCACCAUCAUCUCCAACCCUCACGCUGCUCCCAGCAAGCAGGGUGGCUCUACUGCAACAGCUCCCAACAAUAUUUCCCUGUGUGGUGAAACCCUGGACCAGUCCCUAUCCUCUCUGACUUCUAACCCAGGAUCAGCCUUCUCAGCCUGGGGAGGAAGAGACAGCUCCUGCUGCACCAGCACAGACUCCAUAGACGUAUCCAUGAGCAAGGAUGAAUCACUGUCUUCCUGCCUCAGCCGAGCAGGCAGCAUCCGAACAGGCCUUUCAGAGAGCCCUGUUUCCUCCCCUGCUCUGAGCCCCAAAUUCAGCCGCAACACCCUGCCGCGGAGACAGGACAGGUAUGGCCAAGUACCACAAGGAAGGGGCAAUGAGGAGGCACGUGAUUGGCUACGCUCACACUCUGCUGCUGGACUUCAGGACUCCGCCCCCUUUUCUCCUGCAUCCACACUCAGCUCACCCUCCGCUCCACGCUUCAACUUCACCACGAUAGGCAGUCCUGGCACAGCACCACAGAUAAACCUUCGCACCCCCACCAGCCUGGCCAAUCAGGAUGGGAUGCUCGACCCACUCAGUGACCCACGUCUGCGCAACUCCUCAGUGUCUCUGGAGGAGAAGAGCCGCACCAUGAGCAGCUCCGGGUCGUUCCGAGAGGUGCUGGAGGAAGUACAUGGCUCCUCUCUGUCUCUGGUGUCCAACACAUCUUCUGUCUACUCCACGCCUGAAGAGAAGUCACAGUCAGAGAUCCGAAAGCUCAGGAGAGAGCUGGAAUCGUCUCAGGAGAAAGUGUCCACCCUCACCAAUCAGCUGAGUGCCAACGCUCACCUGGUGGCUGCGUUCGAGCAGAGCUUGGGAAAUAUGACCAUCAGACUGCAGAGCUUGACCUUGACGGCAGAACAGAAGGACACUGAGCUGAAUGAUCUAAGGAAGACCAUUGAGCUGCUGAAAAAGCAGAACACUGCAGCUCAGGCUGCCAUCAGUGAAGUCAUCAACACACCGGAUGCCCCAAGCAAAGACUCCUCCAGUGCUUCUUCCAGGUCAGUAGGUGAUUUGCGGAUCCACAGACAGCAUUCCUCCGACAGCGUCUCCAGCAUCACCAGUGCUACCAGUCACUCCAGUGUGGGCAGCAGUCUGGAGCUAGAUGCCAAAAAUAAGAAGAAAAGGAAAAACUGGCUGAGGAGUUCGUUCAAACAGGCUUUUGGGAAGAAAAAGUCACCCAAGUCGGCCUCGUCACACUCGGACAUUGAGGAAAUGACGGACUCGUCCAUGCCUUCCUCUCCCAGACUGCCUUACUGCCCCCCCAACACAGCCCCUCUGCUCAGACACUCGCACUCCAACUCACUCCCUCUUCUCUCCUCACUCUCUGCUUAUGGAAGUGGAUGGGGCUGUAACAGGGCUCCCAUCAGGACCACCUCUCUGGCACGUAUUUCUGAGUGUGCGGACAGUGAUGCAGAAACGGUGAUGCAGCUGCGCAGUGAGCUGCGGGAUAAAGAGAUGAAACUGACAGACAUCAGACUGGAGGCUCUAAGCUCCGCCCACCAGCUGGACCAAUUCCGAGAGUCCAUGAACCGCAUGCAGCUGGAGAUUGAGAAGCUAAAAUCAGAGAAUGACCGGCUGAGAAUGGACAGUAGGGGGAGCUGCAGCACAGCCACCUCUCAAACAUCUAUCAGCCCAUCAUCUAUCGGCCUUUCCUCACAGCUCAGUCUGACCGAGUCCACCAGCCUAGACAUGCUGCUGGAUGACAGUGGAGACGGAAGCUCUCGUAAAGAAGGACAGCACGUUAAGGUUGUGGUUAGCCUGGAGAGAGACCAUGAGUGGAAAGAGGACUGCAGGCCACACAACUUCUUAUUAGGCUGCAUCGGCGUCAGCGGCAAAACCAAAUGGGAGGUUUUGGACGGUGUAGUGAGACGCCUCUUUAAGGAGUAUAUUAUUCAUGUGGACCCACUCACACAACUGGGCCUGAACUCUGACAGUGUUUUCAGCUACAGUAUUGGAGAUGUUCACCGCACUGAGAAAACAGACAGUCCAGAGCUUCUGCCCUGUGGAUAUCUGGUGGGGGACAGUAACACCAUCUCCGUUAGGCUAAAAGGUGUUGCAGAGAACAGUCAGGACGAGCUGGUGUUUGAGACCCUCAUUCCGAAGCCCAUCCUGCAGAGGUAUCUUUCUCAGCUCAGAGAACACCGCCGCAUCAUCCUCUCUGGACCCUCCGGCACAGGCAAGAGCUUUCUGGCCACGAGGCUGGCUGAACAUCUGGUGCUGCUGGAGGGAAGGACACUGGCAGACCGGGUCAUCGCAUCUUUCAACGUGGACAAUAAAUCCAGCAAGGAGCUGAAGCAGUACCUCUCUAAUUUAACCGACCAGUGUAACAACAGCACACAGGCUGGGGAACUGCCUCUGGUCGUCAUCCUCGACAACCUGCAUCACGUGGGCUCUUUAGGAGAGAUCUUUAACGGCCUGCUCAACUGCAAAAAACACCGCUGCCCCUAUAUAAUCGGUACUAUGAAUCAAACAACACCAUCAACCCCAAACCUGCAACUUCAUCAUAACUUCAGAUGGGUGCUCUGUGCGAACCACACUGAGCCAGUGAGCGGCUUCUUGGGUCGUUUCCUCCGGCGGAAGCUUCUGGAAACAGAGAUCAGCAGUCGAGUGAGAAACGCUGAGCUGGUGAAGAUCAUAGAGUGGAUCCCGUGUGUGUGGCAGCAUCUCAACCGCUUCCUGGAGACACACAGCUCCUCUGACGUCACCAUCGGACCACGUCUCUUCUUGUCCUGUCCUAUGGAUGUGGAGGGGUCUCAGGUGUGGUUCACUGAUUUGUGGAACUACUCCAUCAUCCCAUACCUGCUGGAGGCUGUGCGAGAGGGCCUGCAGCUGUAUGGCAGAAAGGCAUCAUGGGAGGAUCCUGCCCGUUGGGUGACGGACAGUUACCCCUGGGCCUCCAGCCCCCAGCAGCACCAGUGGCCUCCUCUGCUGCAGCUCCGCCCUGAGGACGUAGGCUUUGACGGUUACGCCCUCGCCCGGGAAAACAGCCCAGGCAAACAGGCAGCACAGGACGGAUCAGAGGGAGACCCACUGAUGAAUAUGCUGAUGAGGCUGAAAGAAGCGGCCCACUGCACAGGCACGUCGAGCUACGACAGCGAUUCCAACAGCACCAGCAACCACGACGAUGUCCUGGACCCCUCACUGGAGUCUGCACUGUGAACCUCAAGCCCAUCAGAGCAUGGAUGGUCUCUAUUUACUUUACUUUAAGAGCCGAAGGGUUUUCUGUCUGGUGUACAGGGUGCUGGUAACUCUGAAGAGAAAUAGAUCACCAGAAUGAAUAGCAGAGAAGUUACUUAUCACCAACUCAUCAUCAUCAUCUCCAUUAAACUGCAACAACAUCCACCUGCCAAAUAGUUUGUGAAAGGAUGUUUUACAUGUUCCUCAAGAUCAACAGAACAGAACUACAGGGGUUUGACAAUGAAACUGAAACACCUGCUUUUAGACCACAAUAAUUUAUUGUGGUGACGGACAGUUCUGGUGGAAACAGGAGAGUUGAUUUGCACAUUGAAUUCUGCUGUGAUUUGAUCAGCCGUGGUUUUAUGGGUUUUUUUUUUUUAAUACAAUCCGGGUUAGCAUUCGAACAUCCCUUUCAGACAGCUUCCUCUUACAGCGUCCACAGUUAAUCCUGUUGGAUGUGGUUCAUCCUUCUUGGUGGUAUGCUGACAUUACCCUGGAUACCAUGGCUCUUGAUACAUCAUAAAGACUUGCUGUCUUGGUCACAGAUGCUCCAGCAAGACGUGCACCAACAAUUUGUCCUUUUUUGAUCUCUGGUAUGUCACCUGUAAUGUUGUGUGCAUUGCAAUAUUUUGAGCAAAACUGUUAAAGCUCUUAGCCUGCUAAUUGAACCUUCACACUCUGCUCUUACUGGUGCAAUGUGUAAUUAAUUAAGAUUGUCCACCAGGCUGCUCCAAUUUAGCCAUUAAACCAACACCAACCAACCAACACUAAAAUGACAGGUGUUUCAGUUUCAUUGUCCAACCCCUGUACAUUUAUUGGUUCUUAGGGUUUAGCAAAAGAAGAUGUUUGUCUUAGCACUCUUAAUGGAGCUUUUAUGAGUCAGUGGUUUCCAACUCUGGUCCUAGAGAAAACCGAAAACCCCUGCCCUGCACAUUUAUACAUUUACAAGUGGUUUCCAUCACCAACACACCGCCUUCAACCAAGGAAGUUCUUGUCAUGUACCUGAUUGGCUGGAACAGGUAUGUUGGGAACAGAAUAGACUUGAAAAAUGCAAAGGUAUUGGUCCCCGACCUCCAGGAUCAGGGUUGGGAACUACUUCCAUACUCUCACUUUGUUUGUACUUUACUUCAAUUGUCUCUAGAUGGUGCUAUAGACCUACAAAAGCAUGGGGAAGGUUUCCCAGUGCAGCUUAACUCUGCAGUGCUUUAUCCCAGCAAGCCUGAGCGUUCUACUUCUGUCUACUUCCUGCUGCAGAAGAACUUUAGAAAAUCAUUAUGAAUCUGGUUUCAGACUCUACUGAUGUUGAUUUUUACAUGACUUUUACAUGCACAUACCAAGGAAACUCAACGCCUACCCCAUUUCUACAUGUCAAAGAGCACUUUUAGAGCAUUUUCCAGCAUUGUAGAAAUGAGUGUGUUGAUGCACUCUUGAAAAACAUCAUGCAUGGUGCUAAUCUCGAAGCCUAAUAAUGCCUUACUACUUUUAUACCAUCAGUAGUAGCUAAUCUCAUAUGCUGUAACUGUUUAAACCAAAAGCAUGCCACCGUAUGAUUGCCUUCAGAUGCUUCAGGUGCUCAGUUCUGGAUUGAGUCUAGCAGAACGCUUUCAAUGACCAAACUCCAUGAGAUAAUCUUGGGUUAAAGAUAUAAAGGUAUAAAGAUAUAAAAUCAAGGGUAUUAAAAAAUAGUUCAUUCUGCUUUCUACUACGCUGAAAAGGAUUUCUACUAGGUUUUUAUACUCAAUUGCUGUGAGCAUUUGAUUGCAAUAAGUCACACAGACAACGAUGUUGGAUGUUGGAAGAUCACUACCCUACCUCUUCCCAAACUCCCAAGCUCAUCCCAACUCAAAAGCAAUUGGAUGGAGCACCAAUACCAGAGUUUUUCAUCUGCUCAAGACAGCUAGUCCUAUGCUAUUGGCAUUAUUACUUCUCUGGGUGUCUUCCAUGGGUGUCCACAAACAUUUGGACAUAUAGUGUAUUUGGUGCCACUGUAUUAAAGUGGUAAAAUAAUUCACUUUGUGUUUACAUGUGCCCAAAAAAAAAAAACUUUUUACACAAUGUUUCGUUAUACCUCUUAAAGCAGGUUAAUACAGCCUGCUCACUACAGCUACUGUUUAGGUUUUAUUAUUAUCAUACAGAAAAGCAUGAACUCCAUUUUUAUUUGAUUGAAUUAACAGUCACACAAUAAAUAACAAGAAUAUAGUUCAUUUUUACACCUCAUUAUCUCCAGUUAAGAAUAACAGGUGGCUAUACAACUGUGUGCUCCAGUUCAUAUGAUUAAUGAUCUCAUUGAACUCACAUUUAAUUGAACCUAAAACAGGUCAGAUCAUUUAUUUUUGUAUUAAGUCACAUAACAUUAUAAAAACUCAAUUUGAAUCAAAGCAGAGCUGCACAAUAUGGACACGAUUCUAGUAUUGAACAUAAAUUGUGGUUAUAUUUUUACAAGAAUAUUGUGAGGUUGUUGAGCGCACUGUUAGAUUUUUUUUUAUUUUUAUUUGCUUGUGUUAUUAGUUUAUUAUUUUAAACAUAAUGCACUUAAUUCUGCAAGCUAUUAAAAAGAUUAAACAGAUUAUCAUUACACAGCAAAUUUGCCAAUGUUGAGUCAACACUGCUAGUAUUUAAAGCCACAGUGUUGAUUUAACUCUAACAAUGUUUGUUGGAAUUUUGGCAAAUUUGCUGUGUAUAUGCUGUAGAUAAUGGUUGUUAUAUUAUUCAAUUAAAUAGAUUAAAAUUAAGACAGUCUCACUAGAUAAAAUAUAUAUUUAAACACAUUAAACACAUGGAGAUGCUUCAAAAGGUUCUUUAAAUGAUGCCAUAGAAAAGUUUAAAAAAAGAUACAAUAUAUAAUUUUUGUAAAGUAGCCUGAAUAGAAGAAUAUGAAAAACUUUUUUUAAAUAAAAAAAGAGAAAAAAUAUUUUCAUCUAAUUAUUUAAAUCAAUUGAACUUUUUCCACACAUUUCUUUUACAGACUUUUUUGGUGGCUUCUUCUUUGGCUCAUAACUCAAUGAUCACUAUGUAGCAAUUCUCCAAAAUGACCUGAAAUAAAAUCUUUUACAUUGACUCCCACUGAAAGUUAAAGGAAGGUUUUAUCUCUCUUCUGUAAAGUUGCUUUUUUUGAGAUACAUGUUUUUCAUUGGACAGUAAUGAAAUUUCACUAUUCACAAAUUUUACCACUUCUCUUUUUUUUCUUUUUUUUUUUUAUUAUUAUUAUUAUUGUUUUUCUGCAAUGUGCCUUAAAUUACCAAAUGAACAGCUAUUAGUUAGUCUGGAGCUAAAAUACUAAAAUAAACACAGAAAACAAACAUAGUGAUCAAUUACAGGCUGAUUUGCAUAUUGAUUGACUUUAACCGUAAAAGCCAGUCUCUCAGUACAGAUUCAACACAGACCAGUUGUGCAGCUCAAACAUGUUAAAGAGUCUUAAUGUUCGAUGAUGUUGAGUGAUUGGUGAUUGGAGAUUUGUGAUUGGUGUUAUUAGAGCACCUUUGUGAAACCGAAGCACUUCAGGACACACACACACACACACACACAUGCACACACACACACACACACACACACACACACACACACACACACACACACACACACACACACACACACACAUGCUCGGUAGACUCAGGCACUCGUAUCAGCCAGAGUUCUGUGCUGUACUCUGAGCACACUGAGGGCCGGCGUGCCUGUAGUGAUGCCGUCCGUUUUCUCAUGGUGUGAAUGGAGGAGCGCUCAGUGCUGCUUUGUUUGGAGAAGCGCUGUGACUUCACACUCCCCCACACUCCCUCUCACGAUGCUGAGAUAUUCUCAGCAGCCCUUUCAGAAAGAGUUUAACACUAUGCAAUAUUUCUGUUUUUUUAUUUUUUUUAUUUCUAUUGUAAUUCUAACAGGAUGGAGUUCAGCGAUGUGAAUUUUUUAUAAGUGUAUUUGUGUUAUGUAAAUUGGUGAAUGCAGAUUCAGAGUGCAGAACCGGAGCAGGAGAAAGAGGGUUAUAGUGUGUAUGGAAAAGUGUUUAAGUGAAAUAUCUUGUAAUAAUAAUGUGAAGUUGUUGGUAAUUCUAAUACUUUUGAGGGGGGUGAUACGUUUUUGGUGUGUAUAUUUUCAGUUGUACAGUAUGUUUGUAAAUAUUCCUCACAGAAGAGAGUCCAGUAGAGUGAAAGAUUGAUGUACAGCUCUUUUUCCUACCACCUGUAGAUUUUGUUGUUUUAUUUUUCCAGUAAUAAUUUGUUCCUCCGUUAAGAAUAAACUUUAUGACUGUUAUAAAA